AUGUUGUCGCUCGUCCCAGCGCGGAAGAGAAAGGAAGCCCAUAACGCGAUACAACUAUCUCGUGAUAAAGGCAAGGUUCGCGUCAUCGAGCGAUCAGCAGAAGGGUACUCCAGCGGCUCCACGAAGAACCUACAGGGGCGCAACAGCACCCCUGCUAGCCGUACCUUUACUACACUUCGUCGUGGAAGCAUCAGAAUCUUCUCAAUCUUCCGCAAUGGCAAGAGUUCCGCUCCCAGCUCCGGCGAGGCUACCUUUGGUAGCACUGGGUCAACGGUCAACAAACUAGCAGACGUACCACGUGUCGAUAACAUCAAUUCCUACUCCAACUCUCCUCUACAAUGCCCUGUCGUUCCCGAUGUACCUAUGACUCUACCAGCUCUCUCCCUAGAUCCGGACUCUUCAUCGUUACUCCAACUCACAAACGCUGCCGUCUUCGAUGGCGAAUCAGAACCUAUACCAAGAACCCGCACUCCGCCUCCUACACCCAUGACAACAAGCUGGUCGACACCAAGUCUCUCCCAGCAACUCACCGCCAAGAUCUCCAACGCCCUAAUGAACAACGAUACGGUGGUGCGUCGACCCAAGCUGAGCUCUCGGCCAAUGGUUCGAACAGACCAUUUCAAGCAUCCAAGCGAUGACCAGCGAACUACCACCUCGCCCAAAAGCGCCAUGUCAGAGGUCCCUUCGCUUCCAUCAAGUGUCCUGAGCCCCUCCAGCAGCGUCGCACCGCUGAGCCAGUCCACUGCACCGACAUCGUUGGUCUCUUCAGGUGCGCCGCUGUCUGCUGAAACCACCUAUCGAAGUCAGAACGGUCGUCAUGUAACCGACAAUCAACCUGCGCUCUAUUGUGAGGCGACCCCAGAACGUUUGCCUCCAAGGUUCCUUGUCUUUCCACGUCAAGACGCUCCGCGACUGUGUGAGCCUUCCGUUGCGACCAUCGAGAAUGCAGCAGCGGCGAAGAUCUUCUUCGAGUCACACUUCAAUCAGCUUCUCGGUACCAAGGUUACACCACGAUCUAUGCGUCGCCGCCAAAUGGAGCGGAAGGUAUUCACCAUGGCCAUACCGAACGAGCAACGUCACUCCAAAAGGCGAGAAUAG